AAGCAUAUCAAUUCUACCAAUGACAGAGGAAUAGGAGAAGCAGGAGCUGACAUGAUGGGAUCGGCAGCCGUGGCCAAUACUAGUAAGACAGGUGGCAACAACCAAAACGAGGAGGGAUCUGUUAUGGAAGAGACUCGUAUGGAUCAAUCAGUUACCACAGCUUCCCCUGUCACAAUUCCUCUGGAAGUCAAUAACCUCGGAGCAGGAAUGACGAGUGCGAGUGAUGAUCGCUCUCGCCGUCUAGACCAGGAACGACGGGGUCAUCGUGGUCAGCAGCAUGACCGUGACUCUGCAUCCUCAUUUUCGUCUUCUUUCGAAUCUGCUGGUGGCGCUCUAACUGGUAGUGAGAGUAUCACUAUACCAGUUAUGACGGCACCCUGGGAUCUAAAGAGGAGUGAGCGUUAUCGCCAUGGUAGAUUGUAUUUAACCCGGUCCAACCGUAGUCUCUAUUCUAUGAAUAGUAAUGAGGAUAUGAGCGUGGCAGGAUAUGGCGGUAAUAUGUCCAAUCUGAGUCGUGGAAGGUCGGCUGCCGAUGUGGGUUCAGUCUACUCGGCGGCUCCAAGUAUGUACAGAGGUCGCCGUAGUCUCAGAGCAUCUUCAUCGGCCUACUCAGCUAGAGGAUUCUCUCCAGCAGCUCCUAGCUCUGCAUCAGUCGCUUCCCUCUUCACUACCGGUAUGGGUCAUGGUCCUACAAGUGUUUACCCCUUGGCUAACGGCUAUUCGAGACAUAGGUUUCCAGUCUCUGCAGCUGCACAAACGCGAGGUCGGCGUAGUGUAGUCGUUGGUACAUCCUAUUAGAAUCGUGGUAUAUCAGUAGUCUACUGAUGGUUGGGUAUAUCCUUUACCCAUUCUACCU